CUAUCCCAUAACACUGGAAAAGUCGGGUAUAUAGCCGAUUGCAGCAGAAGUUUCUAAAUUUAAAAUUUUCUCUCACAUGUGGCGGGUGGUAGUCGAUUCCUCAAGGUAUAUAAUCUACAGUGAAACGAAAAUAACGCUCUUUAAUAACCGACAUUCCGAAGAACUUGGUCAUCCAGAAUAAUUAAAUAAUUCAAUCAAGAUGGUUAGUGCUAAAAAAAACUUACGUUCAAGUCCUAGAAUAAAACCUUUGGAUCAAACACUCACGUCUACUUGGGAUCGAGAACAACUCUCUAUUAAGCAAGCAAGUACUUCUUCUAUAGCAAUUGCAAAGAGCCUUGGCCACGAUGUAUUUCCAUCCACCGUUUACCAAGCUCGGGUGGUCAAUAGAAGAAAAAUGGCAAGGAAAAUCAAGGAGACGCUUUUUGAAAAUUCUCCUCCUUUGGUCUUGCAUUGGGAUAGUGAAUUGUUGCCCUCAGUUGCCCAUGGAAAUGUCAACACUUUGGAAGAUAGAGUUGCAGUUCUAGUGACUGACAAAGAUUUUAAGCAUUUGCUUGGAGUACAUGUUGCCGAGAAAGGCACCGGUCAGCAGAUGGUUGAAGUAGUUAUUCGGGAAGUGCACCGAUUUGGGCUAAGUGACAAUAUCAUUGGUAAGGAACUCUGCAUCAAGCAAGGUGGAUAG